AUGGCUGGUUUCAAACUCACAUUGCUCCUACAUUUGGCGGCAUCACAUGGCGUCGUUGGCGAUGUUCUUCGUGCCAUGGCCACCCUCCUCGGCCAGGACCCAGACCAGAUCACGCAGUACGCCAGUCGUGAUAACAACCAGCUGAGCAGCACCCGUGAUCGUGAAGUCGGGAUCUACGGCCUCGCUCGCCACACGCGUUCCAACGGCCAGCGCUACAGCUCACGCGAUUAUGUCAUUGAGAGCAUGAACGCUGGCAGUCUCCCACUGACUCUCUCACAGAAUUCACUCGCCACAAAGAUUCUCUUCAACACCUCUGGCAGCAAACCUCGCGCCACUGGCGUCGAGUAUCGUGUUGGGCGUUCCCUCUACAAGGCGGAUGCGCGCUACAACGGCGCCCGGGGGGAACUGCGCACGGCUACCGCGCGGCGCGAGGUCAUCCUCGCCGGGGGAGCCUUCAACUCUCCCCAGCUCCUCAAGCUUAGCGGCAUUGGGCCCUUCGACGAGCUGCGCCGCUUCAAUAUACCCGUUCUGUCUGACCUUUCUGGAGUUGGCAUAAACAUGCAGGACAACCAGGAGAUGCCAGUAGUGGGCCGCCCACAAGGCACAGCGAGCGGCUUCGGCUCCGGCGGCUUCGUCAUGUACCAGACGGACCACGCACCCUACGGCGAACGCGACGUCUUCCUCAUGCACGGGCCGUACGCUUUCCGUGGCUUCUGGCCUGACAGCCAGGCGAACACGGGCCUCAAUGCAGGCGACCGCGGCAUCUACGGCGUCUCCAUCGUCAAGCAACACCCACAGAACCGCGCCGGCACGGUCCGGCUGCGCUCCAGCGACCCGACGGAUCCACCCGACAUCAACUUCAACCUCUAUAAAGAGAAGCGGGAGAUCGACAUGGGCGGCAUGAAGGACGCCGUCGCCUGGGUGCGGCGCGUCUUCGCCAGCACGCGCAGCCCCUCGGGCCCUGUCACGCCGCUGGAACCGCCUUGCGGGCAGGUCCUCGCGACGGGCUACUGCCGGGACCAGGCUGUUGACGAGCGGUGGAUCGAGGACCAAACGUUCGGGCACCAUCCGACCAGCACAUGCGCCAUUGGCGCUGAAGGGGACCGGAACGCGGUGCUGGAUUCCAAGUUUCGGGUCAGGGGUGUUGAGGGGCUGAGGGUUGUGGAUGCGAGUGUCUUUCCGAGAAUCCCAGGCGUGUUUCCUGUUGUUGCCACGUUUAUGGUCAGCCAGAAGGCGUCAGAUGAUAUCAUUGCUGGUUUUUGA